CUUCAACCAAAUCAAGUUUGUUACUUCUGAGAAUCCAGACCAUGUCUCAAUCCGUUCCUAUUCAUGAUGCGGGGAUAGAUGCUACUCUUCAAGGAUCGCUUGCCGGUCUUUCCCUGACAGACCAUGAGACAGGAAACACUGGCAAGAAGUUUACUCCACUUAAUCCAUUCGAGGAUCUUACCGGGACAUCAAAAUGGAACAACCCGGUCAGAAAAGACGGAUGUGGAAUCAAUCCCUUCGAACUUUUUUUACCGCAGAGCGUCGCUUCAGAACGCGAUUCGGUGCAAUCAGUUGCAAACCUGGUACGGGAUGUAAUACCAGAACAUCUCUCUGGCUUACGGGAACCGCGGCGGUUUACGCUACACGAAACAGACGAGCUCUAUAUCCAAGGGCAAAGCUUCAAGAGAAAAUGGGAAAUCUCUGAAGCAAGCUUCCUCAAUUGGAAGAGAUUGCUGUCCGGCUUGAUUGAUUUUCCAGUCCUACUGUUGCUUAAUCCGAGCAAUUGGGAUUACUUGCCAUUUGAGGAAAUGGUUGACAACUCAACGACACUUUGUUGGUUGGAGGGGACAUUUGCGGGGGAAGGGCUGGGGCUCGAUGAUGUAAUCAUCUGCGACUCGUUCCCAAUGAUUACAGAUGAUCUCUUGAUGCACGUCAAUGAGCAUAUGGAGCCGGCGAAACUGGAAGAAUUGAGGCGGGAAUCAUUUGCGCUUACCAAGGCGAGUCUCGCGUUGAUUAAGCCCCGGAUACUGCUCUCGUGCCAGUGCUGUACAAAGCCCGAAAAUGAAAAGUGGGGGGCCUUCAAGGAUACACUCGCACAGAGACUCUGCUCGUCAGUAGUGUCCUUUCGGGAGGGCCGGGUGCAGGUCGUCGACAUUGAUGGUCAUCGCAUGCAGGUGGUACGGGGAGUGCAUCCGCAAUAUGUGGUGCAAUAUGACUUUGCCCUGGAGGAGCGGCUAGCCGGGUUAUUUGCGCGUGUGUUUGGGCCGUUCGGGACGUGGUACUCGCGCCGGGUGGCGACGCAGCAGGCGCUACGAGAUGCAAUAACGGUGACACAAGGACUGGUGGCUUCGCUUCGGCUGCAAAUAAGGCUCCACGCGAACCUUCGUCAACAGGCCGCAGAAGACGGAUUGGAGGAGCCAGUAGCGGCUGAGCUAGGGGUGGAAUUAAAGGCGCUGCUUGAAGAGUGCAAGGGCAAUCACUUGAUUGACGUGUCAUUCGGCGGGAUAAAAGAAAGUGUCUUGUAG